AUAUUUUGCUCGCCUCAGUUCAUAGUAGACAUUCAUAUAUAUUACAAAUCAAAAUGUCUGUUGAUUUGAAACAGAAAGCUGCCCUCUUGUUUUACACAAAGGAUGAUGUAGAUAAAAUAUUGGCCACCCAUGGAAAGAAACUGAAGGAUGUCGAAGUAGAUUUGAAGACGAUUAAGGAAUGGUUUAAAACGCAACCACAUAUUCCAGAAUUACCCAGUGAUAGACUUAUAGUUUCAUACUUGAUUAUGAAUAAGUUUCACAUUGAAAAAACUAAAUCCAGAUUAGAAAUGAAUUAUUCUAUUCGGAAUGUAAUGCCAGAAUUGUUUUGUCAUAAUCCUUUAGAUCUUAAAAUUCGAGAUUCACAUAGAUAUUUUAAAGUUAUAGGAAUGUCAAAACUAACGAAAGAUUUAAGAAGACUUUUUAUAGUGAAACCCAAAGAUGAUGCAUGUUACGAUAUAACCAUCAUCAUUUCGCGUUUAAUCAUGAGCUUAGAACUCCUCACAACAUACGACAUCAACAAUGGAGAUGAAUAUAUUAUUGAUUAUGCAAAUGUAAACCUUUCAAUGAUUACGAAAACUAAACCCACAGAUGUUAUGAAAAUUCUUGGACUUGCUGAAAUCUUUGUUCAUAAAAAUGUUGAAUUAUUAAAAGAAUAUUAUAGCCUCGACAUGUUACCAAAAGAUUAUGGAGGAACUGCUAAAAGCAUUGAUGAAUUAUCAGAUGAUUUUCAAGAAUUUUUAGAAAGUCACGAUGAAUAUUUAUCAAAAUGGAUUCAAAUACGUGUAGAUGCAAAAAUGAGACCAGAGCCAUUGGUUAAUGAUGAAAUUCUGGGUUAUUAUGGAAAUUUCAAAAGUCUGGACGUUGACUGA